AUGAAAAUCCCUGUGGUCGUACUGGCGUACUUGCCGCUAGUAAUAAAUGCACUGGUCAUAGUAGACUCUGCGCUCGCCACCGCAUGCAUUUACUACGACAAAACGUUCAACUGGGGGUGCGGGUCGACUGGCAACGGCCAGCGUGCGUACGCGUGCCGCUGCCGGAACGUUAAUUGGCUAGGAACGGUGACGAACUGCAUAGUGUCGAACUCGGACUCAAAGAAGGUCAUCGAACAUGCAUUACGCCACGUGUCGCAGAGAUGCAAGGACAGGGGCAACUACAAUUAUUCGCUCGAAGACAUGUAUGGCUUCUACCACAACGGCACGGCAUUUCUGCGCGAUCCCACACCUGAAGACCUGAAGCAGACGGUCAACACGACCUUGAGGGCCAACCCGAAGGAAUUUAGCUGGUACUACACGAAGUUUCAGCUCUUCAAUGAUUCCGUGAGGAAAUCGCAGUGGUUUGGGUGGAUUCUUGUUUUUUACUGGGCUGCGGUAGUCGGCUUCGCCACGCUUUUCAACAUCUGCGAUCGUGUAUUCGGUGUACGCCCGAUGCGCUGGAACUGGGUUAAGAAGCAUAUCGCACUACCGUCCGUUUUUUCCGACUAUCAUGAGCGCACUUAUUUCUUCUGCCGGAUUCUCCCGCUAAACUUCCCUACAAGGCUUCAUGGUCUGAUUGUCACCGGUUUCGUGGCACUAACUGUGCUGCUGUGCUGCUUUGACUACAACAUUAAGCUACCGCAUCCAUUCACGACAUCGCAGUGGUUUAUGGAUCUGGAUCUUAUCAGUUACCGGGUGGACCUCAUGGCCAUAUCCCUGUUUCCAGUCAUCUAUUUCUUUGGAAUUCGCAACAACCCUUUCAUUCCGCUCUCCGGCAUGUCGUUCUCUACAUUUAAUUUCUACCACAAGUGGACUGCAUACGCAUGCUUUGUCCUUGCCGCGAUCCAUUCGUUAAUAUGGAUUGUCUACAGUGAGAGCAAAGAGGGCGGGGGAUUUAAAGCAUGGUGGGGCGACGCCUAUUUUAAAUGGGGGUUGUUUGCAACGGUUUUGGCCGGGCUUCUUGUCCUGCAUAGUGAAAAGUUCAUUCGCCAAAGAACGUACGAAUUCUUUCUGAUACUGCACAAGCUCUUCAACAUUGUCUUUAUUGUAUGCAUGUAUAUGCACAUCAAAACGCUGGGAUGGCACGGCUGGGUCUGGUCGAUGGUUGCCAUCUACUGCUUCGAGCGUGUGGCCCGGAUAGCUCGCAUUGUACUUGCUGGAGGCAUCAAGAAGGCCACAUUAACAGAUGUUGGGGAUCGCGUGCUCAAGAUGACAGUGGAGAAGCCAAAGCAUUUCAAAUAUUACCCGGGGGCUUAUGUUUUCGUUUAUUUUAUUAGUGGGAAGGAUGCUUGGUUCUAUCCAUUCCAGUCGCACCCGUUCACCGUCCUUAAUACACCCAAGAUCGAUGGCGACAACCUGGUGAUUUAUUUCAAAGUGCACAAGGGCGUGACGCAGCAGCUGCUAAACAGGAUCUUUCUAUCCGGGAAAGAGUCCAUCGAAUACAAGGUGCUUCUAGAAGGGCCCUAUGGAAACACCAUUCCGCGGCUUGCUGCUCCUGACCGGCGCUACGUGGGCGCCAGCGCAGGUCUUGGCGUAGCAGCGGUCUACCCACACUUCGUCUCUCUGUUGGACAAGGAAAGCCAGUUCACCCAUUCAUUCUACUGGAUUAUAAAUGACCUUUCAUAUCUGCAUUGGUUUUCGCAUGAGCUGAGGUACCUGGCGGACCGGAACUGCGACAUCAAAAUUAUUUACACGAGGAGCAAUGAGUCGGCUAAAGAACUGACCCCAGAUGUUGCCGAUUCCGCCUCUGCGAAGUUCGUGGAUUCGCUGGAUAUCUGCAGGCUCCUCCUGCGCCCAGAUCUCAAAGAGAUCGUGGAAGAGCAGAUCCUGCUCUCGUCUAACCAGGCACAGGACGUCACGUUUAUUAGCAGCGGCCCUUCGACCUUUAAUGACCAUUUCCGCUAUGCUGUGAAAUCUAGCAUCACGGGCAAACUCCAGUGUGAUGUCGACCUAGAGGAGGAAAGCUACACCUGGUAG